CAUUCUUUAGAAGAGCUGUUUCAGUUUGUGUUGAACCUCCAUUUGGGAUCAGUCAGCUCACUGUCAAAGGGAAAAGGAUAGCCUGAGUGACAAGAAAACCUAUCACUAUGAAUUGGUUUGGAAAUGACUUCUCAAAGUUGCCUGAGGAUGUCUGCUUACUCAAUAUACACUCACCUCUGUCGCUUUCAUUCAUAGCAACUGAAGAGGAACGACAGUUUAUUUCCAACUUGAGGGGCCAUGCACCAGCCCAGGCUGUGGUGAAGCAGCCUGCCAGGGGUGCCAGAGGCAGAACGGCAAUCACAGUGAUUGUCCCCACCGGGGGUGACUGGAGCACCGGCCUCUUCAGUGUCUGCAGAGACAGGAGAAUUUGUUUCUGUGGUCUGUUUUGUCCCAUGUGUCUUGAGUGUGACAUCGCGAGGCAUUAUGGAGAAUGCUUUUGUUGGCCAUUGCUGCCUGGGUCGACCUUUGCAGUGAGAGUUGGCACCAGAGAAAGAUAUAAAAUAUGGGGCACACUGUGCGAGGACUGGCUGGCUGUGCACUGCUGUUGGCCCUUUUCCAUCUGUCAGCUGGCCAGGGAACUCAAGAUGAGAACCUCCCAGCUCUACGAAUUCUCCGCAGCACCUUUAAUGAAAGACGCCUCUAUUUGAUGGAGCAAGAAAACUCCUCAUUCCCCUUUGCCCUCUUCUUAAAACCCUCUUAGUGAAGAGAUCAUUCUCAUUAGCUUUUCACUGAAAUAGAUGAAAAUAAAUGAUCCCCGCUCUUACUGUC